GUUGCUCUUAUAACAUGGGCGGCAUUCGUAACUGCAUCUUCGGAACAUAACACCGCAAAUUCGAAUAAUGAAAAGGCUGUCGAUUACACGGAUUUGCCGGGGAAGCAGAUAGUGCAGCCAUACGUAACGGACGUAGAAGCUACGAGUUCUGAGCAGACAGGCACCGAAGAUCAUUCUGACGAUUUCGCGAAUACCGGAUUAAGUAGAUCAGCAGUUCACGCCAGCGAGGAGAGAGGAUCGAAUGAUGUUUCCACGACCGAUUCCUCCUCGUCAGGAUCGAUUUAUGCGACGCCGCUCUCCGAGACAAGUAUCCGUUUAGAGUCAACCGACAAGUAUCCAUUUGGAGAGUAUCCAAGUGAUCCAAGUCACGAGUCGGGGUACACCGAGGAUGCGCUCCUUGUCGAAAAUGCCGGCAAUUUCGGAGAAAAAGUCCAGGAUCAGCCGCGUGACGGAACAAUUGUCAGGACUGUCAUUCGGAUCAGCGAGGGCCAAAAGGACGACGAGCACGCGAGUUUUUCGAAGCCUUACAUCAACACUGUAUCGCCUCUCGAAAAUGAAGACACCCGUAAAAGGCCAUACGCGUCGGCUACUCAGAAACCAUUUGUGCUCGCAGUAAAGGAGGAAAGUAAUUUGGCAGAUGAUUCGUUUUCUGACGACAUUAAGUUGAAUUCUAAAACGUCCGCGGAGAAUUCUGAUGAAGUUUUCAGCAAAAUCACAACGGAAAGCUCGCCGUCGAGCAAUAUCGCUUCAAUCCUCGAGAACGACGUCGUGCCUGAAAUUCUUCCAACGCCACUAGCGAGAUUAUCUCGAGCGCGUAAUGAUACCGCGGACGAAAAAACCAUAGAGAAAUCUAUGGAGUCUGCAAAAAAAUCGGAAACCGUUGUAAGAACGUCGACGACCGUGGAGAUCAUUCCUUCGUUUCAAGCGAGAUUUUCAGGCCCGAUCGUCGUGGCCGACUUACCUGAUAGAGAAACACGGGAGAUGAUUGCUGAUUAUAUGGACGAUGCAUCCGAAACCUAUAGACAAGUCGAGAACGCCGAGAUUAUGUCGGAGACCAACGCCGAAGGCUUCAAAACGGCGGCUUCCGCCAGCAUAACGUCCUCGGCCAUGCUGAACCCUCUGCAAGUCGGGAUCACAUUGGUGAACGCCAACCAAGCAGAUUUAACAAAUAACAAUGAACAAUCUGCCAUGAUGAACAUCGAGGAAUAUCCCCAAGAUGAUCCCCAACAAGAUUUACAACGUCUAGCAACUGUGGAUGAGGAUUUUGUCAGGGACAAUGGGAACCAAUCGUUUAUCGAUUACCAGGACGAGAGUUUUGAACGCGACGAGGUCGAGAAGCGUGCUGAAGUUGACAUACAAAAAGUUCCCAACGACUCCGUCGAGAUUCAAAAGUCCGUCGAGAUCUACCAUACCGCGCCGGUGCACGAGAUUCAUUAUCCCCCGGAAUACAUUCAACAGACUACGAACCUCGGUGUCAUCGAAACGAACAAUAUUGGGAGUUCGCAGAGAUCGGAGCAGCCGUACGAUCAGAUCGAGCAAUCAGAAGUGCGAUCGACUUACGAUAGUUAUCAAGGUAAUGACCAGGGCGAAAAGAGCGUCGUUAAGGCGCACGCGUCCACGUUCCCGCAGAAGCUUAACCAGUACGAAUACAAUGCCCUCGAAAAUGACGUUGGCAAACCGACGGCUUCGGCCGUGGGCGCCGAAUAUUCAUCGAGUACUCACGAGCAAACAUCCCUCGAGUUGCAGCCAACGUUCAAAUACAACAGCAUGCAGUCUGUCGGUCCCGUUCUGUUCGGCCCAAAUCAAUUUGAUGACACGUUAUACGAUCAAUCUAAUAUACGACAUAAUUUUAACGGCAACGAUAACGGCAUACCGCCACGCGUAAAACCCGUUGGAACGGCCACUAGGCAAGAAACAGCGAGCGAGCUCGUAAAAUCGUACGUACCGAGUACGUAUCAGUACUCGCAAUUGCAGCAGCCGCAAUCAAAUCAACCGUACGAUCAUCAGCACUCAUUUCGAUCGCCGGAGAUAAGGCGACCGGAGGUCCCGCAUCUUCUUCUCAGGAUAAUUCCCGAAGGAUCACCCGCGAACGGUGGUUUCCUGGUGCCGAUCCCGCGGCCUUAUCCGAUCGAGAAGAUCAUCGAGAAGACCGUUCACGCGCCGCAUCCGAUCGAGAUCGAGAAGAAGAUUCCGGUGGAGCGACUGGUCGAGAAGAAGGUACAGAUGCAAGUGCCGGUACCGGUACCGGUACCGGUACCUUUGCCGCAGUCGUAUCCCGUGCACGUGCAGGUGCCGCUCAACCGUGUGGUGGAAAGGCCACAUAUCUAUCCGCUCCACAUCGAACGGGUGGUCGAGAAAAGGGUGCCAUAUACGGUUCAGCGAUUAGUAGUGCAGCCGCUGCCUCCUCCUUCGUACCCGGUGCACGUGAGACUGCCAGCGGCCAGCUACCCGGCAUACUCGGCGGCACCAAUCGACCAGCAGCCGGCGCACGCAACGGUGCCGAUAGAAAAAGCCACGGAGAAACCGAUGACUUCCUCGCGGCCCUCUCGACCGUACCGCGCGAACGCGGACAGGCCGACCGACGGCAGCGGCCCGAUCGAGACCAGAUUUACGAAAUAUUACCCGAAGCCGCAGGAAGCGGUCUUUGCCGGCGAGAACGCGAAUCUCCACGGUGCUGCCGGCGGCCUGACGUUCGGGUCGCAGCCGUUACAAAACGUGUCGCAGUUUUACAGCAUUCCCUACGGCAAACCGUCGGCGUACGACUACAAUAUCGACGUCGGCAAGAAUUUCGUUCCCACGGCACACUUCUCCAACAUCAAACUGGUGAUACUGCCGAAGAAGUUUGGCAGUCACGUGAUCCUGCGACCGCACUCGUCCGCGACGUCGUACGCGGUACCGUCCUUCGGACGGCAGUUCCUGUACAAUCUAGUGGAGAAGGAUAAGCAGGCGGUCAAGGAUGAGUACGUGGGUCCUGCGCCGCCGCGCAAAACCUCGCAGAGCAAGGUGUUCUCGCAAAUAAAGUCGCCGCAAUUCUCCACGAGCUCUCAAUCGUUAGCUCUGAGGAAGUCCAGGCAGCCGGAAACGCAGCACCAUCACGGAAGUUUCAGGCAAUCAAAAAUGGAGUACGGCUUCAAGCCGCCUAUGGUACCGUCCAUUCAGUACGACGAAAAUACCGCCAGUAAAGUAGAGAAUUAAUGUAACAGCCUAUGCUAGCAAUAGUAACGUUAAACAAGCGUCUAAAGUGCGCCAUAAAAAAUGUCUAAGAGACUUUUCAAUCUUUCAAACGUUUCUCGCAGCACAUUUUAUACGGUUCUUGCACUCUUGCGCUAUUUGAAUAUUUCAAAAUGAUACAUGCGACUGAUCUAUUGAAAAAUAGAUAUUAAUGUAUGGAUAGAAAAAAGCCAACUUACA